CUUAUCAAAUAUUGCUAAUAGAACAUUCAUAUUUAUAUCUUCUUUUAUUCCGAAUUGACCAGUAUUUUUAUACUUUUUCACCAUGCUUUUCUCUGAUAGCAAUUUCCUAUCGGGAUCAUAUUUUAAUUAAUUGUUAAUAUUAUACUUACUUUAUCGUUCCGGCUGUCAAAACUGCUGUACUGCGUGAUAUUUGAAAUAUGGCCGAAUGUCUGAAUGGAUUUGAAUACCAGAGAAGAUCUGAUGACGAAGAGGAAGGUAAACGUUGAAUAGACACCUGUAUUAAUAAUAUUGUUAUACGCUUAAAUACCUAGAUAAAUGCAUUUUAUCAUCGAUGAAUUUUGACUUUUCUUUCGUUUCAAAUGUAAAAAUAAAUCUUAAUUUCUCGGAGUGACUUUUAGGCGGAUCCACACUGGGCAUUAUUUUGCGGCGCCGUAUGGUUUGACUUUGUGCCACGCGGUAUUCGUAUCCAUAUGACAAACGGCUUUUCGCGGCAAUAUCAUUAGUUUGUUUCGAAAUAUCGAAAUGUCUAACGACAUGUAGUUUGCACCCUCGCUUUAUUAUAUACUUACAAGCGCUAUAAAGAUUCGCGUUCCAAAAAAAAAAUGGUGGGUUCGUCAAAGUUUGAACAGCCGAAAAGUUGUGAGUGGUACACAGCUAAUUAUUAAUUUAAUAAAAGACGAUCAAUUAAAUAAUGAAAUACGGGGUUUUUCCAUAAUUUUUUGCACGUGUCAAGUUCUGAUUUUGAAAAUGUAUUGUGCAAAGUCGGACCGAUUAUUAUUAGAUAUUUUAUAACUCGAAGCCCUACCCCCCUACAAAAUUCGUAUAAUAUACUUAUGUUUAUUGUGGUUUAUCAAAUCAUUUCGAUAGAUUGGAAUUUCUUAAAUUGUUUAUUAAUAAAAUCUCUGUCAAAACGAGUGCUGGUCGCAGCCGAAAAUAUGCGAUGAGAAUUUACCCUCCGAUGCUUGCAUAGAAAUAAAAGUCAAAACGAAUCAGCAUGUAGAUAUUUCGAGACAAUUUUUUUUACGUCACAUGAAAAUGUAUGUAAAAAUUACUUUAAACUACAAAUAUUUAAAUACUGUGUCAAAAUGUAUACUUUUAGAAUUAAUCCAUAGACUACCAACUGGACACAUGUGUCUCGUAGAGAAAAAUAUGUGUACCAUUGGAUUUCUUUACUACUAAAUAAACAUUAGCUGUUGUGCACAGUGUUUUACAUCCUACUAUACAUCAUAAUAUUAAUAUAGUAAUAAUAAUAUAUUUCUAUUAAAAUUAAUUUUAUAAUAUUUUAUGAAAUAAAUAUAUAAUAACAUAAUAAGUUGAAAGAUUUUUUUUAGAUUUAUUACUAGUAUAUCAAUGGUACGUUAGAAGACCAAUGGGACACAUAUGUCCCAACCACCCUUUACUCUUGAAAGGUAUGAGUAUAAAAAUAUUUACAUGACAUCUAUAUAACUUAUUUAACAAAAAAUUCUAUCUAAAUACUUAUCUAAAAAAAAAUACUUAAAAGUUUUAAAAUAAUGAUAGUUUAAGGGUUAAAAUAAUAUUAAAAUAUAUUUUACAAUGGAUACAUUCAAUGGUUACUUGAAAUAAGCAUUUAUGCUGGACGACAUAUCCUCAAGGGGCAUCUUUUGAGCACAGCCCACCCAGCUUUUCUUUGAUCUAGAUCGCUCACCAGGCCUCGAGGUAUCAAAAAAAGCUGCUUGAAACAAAUUUUGUGUAACACUCGUACCUCCUGGCAAAAGAUGCCUAUAUGGACCCACCUUACUAAUAACCUAGUCAAACUUUAAAAAUUAAACAAUUUUAAACAAAUUUGUUUAAUGCAGAAUAUCAAAACAAAAACCUAUUUACAAUAUUAUAUUAUUUUUGAUGAAUAAUAAAAUAAGAAUACUUGUAUUGGAAUUUGGUGGACAUCUAAUAUGAUAAAUACGUUAAACAAAGUUAGUUAUUCGUGAUAUACCACUGCUAUUUCUUAGAUUUAAAUUUAAUUAGCAAACCAAAAGUGCAGCCAGUAUAGAUACAUAAAGUGUUUACUUUUGUGUCAUUAAUUGUCAUUCAGUAUCUCAAUAAAUAAUUUCUAAAUGAUCACUUGGUUUAUAUUGACUCAAAUAGUUGGAACAUUUUAGGGAGAAUUAAAUAAACAAAUAUUGUUUGUAUACAUAAAUUACACCACUUUUGGUGUUUUUUAUGGGGGGGGGGAGGUUAAGAAUGUCCCAGGAUGUGCUCAUAUGAUUGAAAAUUCAAAAAUAAUGUAUGAGUCGGUAAAAUGUAAUUGUAUUCCUUAUUAUGAUAGGUAUGUGCCUACCCUAAAUAUUUGUUGACAUUCUCUAAAAAUGAAUUUGUGUAUUGUUUAGUCAAAUUGUUAGAAGAUUUGCAUUUUACCAAUUCUUUCAUUACAGAAGAUAAAACUGAAAAGUCUAAAAGUGAAAUCAUUGAAUGCCCCAUAUGCUUGGGACCAGCAGUGUUCCCAAUACUAAUUCCAUGUGGUCACGUUUUUUGUUUCCUGUGCAUUAAAGGAGUUGUACAACAAUCAAAUAUUUGUCCAAUGUGUCGUCAGGCAGUACCAAAUAAUUUUUAUAAAAACCCUAUAUUUCUUGAAUACCUGGGACAUAAUCAAGAAGAUUUUGACCAUGAUGGUUACCAAUGGUUUUAUGAAUGUAGAAGUGGUGGUAUGUAUAUUUUGGUUUUCAUAUAACUCUAUUUAUAAUACUGUGUUUUUUAUUUUUAUUUUAGGCUGGUGGCAAUAUGAAAAAAGAACUUCUGAAGAAAUUGAACAAAACUACCAACUUAAUAACAAAAAAUUUAAUUUGCUUAUUUGUGGCACUUUAUACACAAUUGAUCUCGAUCGUAAUGUGCAGUACAGUGUCGAUAACCCAUCCAAGAGAAGAAAAUUAAAACGAGAAAAUGGCAGUAACCUUUUAGUAAAAGGAAUUGCUGGUAUUCAUUACCUACUGUAAACAUAUUAUAAUAUUUUUAAUAUUAUUAAUAUUUCUAAGGAACAUAAUAAUUAAAGGAAUAUAAUAAUUAAAGGGAUAUAAUAAUUAAAGGAAUAUAAUAAUUAAAGGGAUAUAAUAAUUAAAGGGAUAUAAUAAUU